UAAUCCUUCUAAUCGUGAUAUUGAAGAAUUUAUCACUGGUGCCGUGUGCGAGAAGCCGCUUAAGAAACAUAUUGAUGUACUCGAUUAUAAUAUUUUUAAAAACCAAUGGUCAGGAGUAAAAACAUUAGAAACUCUCGUUGCUAAAAGCCUCAAAAUACACGUGGAUUAUUUGAUAGCAGAAUCUAAAGGGAAAGAUCCCGAUUACACUUCUAUGGUCCUAAAUCCUAUUAAACGAUUGGAUAAUAUUACAAUUAAUACCACAUUCCCGGCGGCAAGUCAUUCUCAACAUGCUAAUCAAUUGGAGCUUAAAGAGGA